CUCUAAGCUGCGGAUCUGAAGAGGCGAGCGGCUGGGGCUGCACUGUUCCGUACGGUUGCGAGAGCAUCUCUAGCCUACCGCUCAGCUACAGCGACUGAGCCUGCACAGCGCCCGGAUCCGGCCGAGAUUUGGGACUUGACUGGCGCAACCGAAGGCAUUCCCACUAGAGGAGCCUAUAAUUCCCUCGCCGGGUGUAACUGAACGCCUCAUCUGGAUAAAACCGUCCUCGUACGCAAAGGAAAACAAUAAAAUCAAAUACGUAAAGAGUCUAACGUCAGCACAUUUGGCUGAAGGAAGCAAGACGAAAAUGAUUCUCAAGCAACAUUUUCUCUUUGCCCUUUAUAGCGUCUGCGGGAUCAUUCUCAAAGUGGCUGCAGUGAAAAGUAGAGCUCGAGGUAGCCAGGGUCAGUUCCCGAUCGCUCAGAACGUGACCGUGGCAGAGGGAUCCGUGGCCAACAUGACCUGUCGCGUGGAGCACAAUGACAACACCUCCCUCCAGUGGUCCAACCCGGCACAGCAGACGCUGUUCUUCGGGGACAAGAAAGCUCUGCGGGACAACCGGAUCGAGCUGGUCCGAGCCUCGUGGCAGGAGCUGACCAUCAGCAUCGGCGAGGUCUCCCUGUCGGACGAGGGACAGUACACCUGCUCCCUCUUCACCAUGCCCGUCAAAACCGCCAAGGCCUUCCUCACCGUGCUGGGAGUCCCAGAGAAGCCUGAGAUUGCGGGGAUUACGAAGCCGGCGAAGGAAGGGGAGGAGAUCACGCUGACCUGCGUGACCUCUGGGAGCAAGCCUGCCGCUGACAUCCGAUGGUUCAGGAACGAGAAGGAGGUGCAAGGUGCGAAGGAGGUGAAUGCCAGCGGGAAGACGUUCACUGUGCGGAGCGUGCUGCAGCUGAAGGUGGACCGCAAUGAUGAUGGCGUGGCGUACACCUGCCGAGUCGAUCACGUCUCGCUCACGCCCUCCUCCCACCAGGUCACUGAAGUCCUGGAGGUCCACUACGCUCCCCGUGUCGAGAUCACACCCUCUCUGACGUUCCCACAAGAGGGGCAGUACUUGAAAUUGGAGUGUGUGUCCAAAGGGAACCCGUCACCCAAGCCAGUGCUAUGGACCAAAGACGGAGGGGAGCUGCCCGAUAUGGACCGGAUGAUCGUGGAGGGUCAGGAGCUGACCAUCAUGGCCCUGAACAAGACCGACAAUGGCACGUACCGCUGCGAGGCCAGCAACGACCUGGGGACCAACAUGGCCGAAUAUGUGCUGUUCGUAUACGAUGUUCCCACCCCAGUCCCUCCAUCCUCAGCACCCACCUCUCCACGCACCCCUGCAGACAUGACCGCUCUCUCACCCCCCCACGUCUCCCAGCCAACCGGCACAGGCGUUCUGCAAGAUCCCAAUGCUCUGACACAGGCAGGACCUGAUCACGCAGUAAUCGGAGGAGUAGUCGCCGUUGUCGUCUUCAUCACCCUGUGUUUGAUCAUCGUGCUGGGACGGUACCUGGCGAGGCAUAAAGGGACGUACUUAACGCACGAGGCCAAAGGAGCGGAGGAUGCCCCGGAUGCAGACACGGCCAUCAUCAACGCCGAGGGGAACCAGGCACACGCGGAGGAGAAGAAGGAGUACUUCAUCUAGACCUCGCCCCUGGCCUGUCUCACCGAGGUUCCGCCCAGAAACUGGCCGCCGGAGGAAGAGCAUUCUUAUUUAAGCCCACCCAGCGCUGGCCUGGCCCACAAUCCUCUCUGCUCCUCUCCCACAAUCCUCUCUGCUCCUCUCCCAGACGUCCUUUUUCAUUUCCUCUCGAGAAAAAAUUCGCUUUUGUUUUUAUCGAAAAACCAAUUUAUACAGCCGACUAGCAACUGAAGAUGUCGCCUUUUUUCUAUUCAUAUUGUCCAGUGGAGGAGGACUUCUAGAACCAUCUAACCCAUACUCCCGUAACCCUUUCUUUAGAAAUGCAGUCACAGUGCCUAAAUAUACAGACAUCCAUAUAGUUUAUUAUUAUUAUUAUUAUUAUUAUUAUUAUUAUUAUUAUUAUUAUUAUUAUUAUCACUCUUCUGAGAAACAUUGACACUCUUCUUGUUUAAAAAGCCAUGCCAAUAUCUUGCAACGAUCUAUAUUUAGAUUAAUUGUUAAAUAAUGUAUUGUGUGAAGUGUAUUUUGAUGUAAAGUUGAUGAGUUUAAAAUGUGUAUGGGAAUCGAUGUGUAUAAAAGCUAAGUGACUGGGACUCAGGCCAGUGAAGUCUUAUGGAAGCUGAUGUAUGAUGUGUUAGUGUUCCUGAGAUGCCACUAAUGACAACUCAUGGAUGAAUGAGAAGAUAUCUUUUUUUGACAUUUUUGUAACAUCAACUAGCUCUAUUAGUUGACCUAUUUAUUUUAAGUUUUCAUUCCUUGCUCGUUCAGUCUGUAUAUUCUUGCACUGUUUGGCUUAGACUUUUUUUUCUCAAGUUUGAUAUGAAAAAUAAAAAUUAAAGCACAAAAUUCAAUGUAAAAUCAAUAUUACUUUCAUAACCAAUGGGCUGUCUCAGGAUUCAAAGUGAGUCUAAUUUAUUACUGUAUUAAAAGGGAAUUGGCUCUCCCUGACUCAAUCCAGUGAAUUACAGUUAUAUAAAAUUGGGUUCAACAAUUAAUUCAGUGCUUAUAUGAAACAUCAGAAAACCUUUCGAAAUUUUAGAAAAGAUAAAUAUAUAUUUUUCCUUUUUAUGAUAAUCAGGCCCCUGUCGAUGCAGCUGUAUAUGAUGUGUGCUAAACGUGGUUACUCGUGAAAGUUGUUGUCAGACUUUGGGAACCCUUGGACAUUAAAAUUUGUAUAUUAGCCAGUUUAUCCAUCAGAAAUAUUCAAUAAAUCUUUUCCAUUUUUUGUCAUUUGCCAUCAUUCAUAUUUAAAAAAAGAAUGUGAUAAGGACAUUUUUCGCACAAGGCAUGUAUAUAUUGUGUAAGUACUAAAUUUAUUAAUACAUAUUUGUUGAUUUACUUAUUUUUUAAUUUUAUUUGAUUUUUUAAUAUUGCAAUUGCUUUGCAAGUGUCUGUCUGUCUCUCCUUGGAGGUUAGGGAGAAUAUUUAUACCAUUUGGUAUGAGAAUAGAUCUGCAAAGCUGUACAUGUGACAAAGACAAGUUGUUAUUAGUAUUACUUUUUAUUUUUUAUUUCAAAAUGACCACUUUCAUUUGCUUUCAAUACCAAUUCUUAUAUAAAAUGACUUGAUUUAGCUGUGUUUUUCAAAUAUCAGUCGUUUAUGGUCACAUAUACAGUGAACAAUUGAUGCUCAUUUGUCAUAAUAAAACAUUAUUAUUAAGCUUUAAAAUAGAAACAAAGCAAUUUGUUUCAUCUGAUCCUUUUAUUAUUUCACAAACAGAGUCAUUUAAUUGUGAAUUGUGUUUUUUUUUUUUUUUGUACUACUGUAUUUAUAGACAUAAUAUUCUCCAGUGUUCCAAGGCAUUGAAGAGUGUCAGAAAACAUCAUUUGAAUCAUAAAUAAAUUCACCUGUAAUAAUCUGGGUGAGAAACUCGCAGUAGGCACACAGCCAGGCUGUUAAAAGGGUCCAAAGGCACCGCAGAACAUGAGUGCAUCCCUCUGUUUCCAAAAGACCAAUUAACAUGAAGAUACACCUGUAAAAAUCUGAAAGAUUAUCUGUGUCAACAAAGUCAGAAAGUUCAUCAUGGGCAACUUAUUCAAUUUUCUUAACCUUUAUUUACAUGAUGUGCUAACGUUAUGUCCAUGUGUUGUGUGAAAUUAAUUUACAAAUACAGGUUAAACGCUUGAAAAUAUUCUUUUUUUAUGCUCAUUAAUAAUGACAUCGGGAAUACAUUUUAAAAUGUCUAGUUUAUCUCCCCUAUUCCUGAACUCUGGAACACUGGUCGAGUACCUGCUUCUUCUACUUAUAGCCUAAGAUGUGAUAGGAAAGAUUAAAUUAUAAAAUGUUAGGUUUGUUUUUUUCGGUAAAGAUGAAUAAAAAUGACAAUAUCUCUGCUUUGUAAUUUAGCUUGGAAUUGUACUCCUCAGUAUUAAUCGAAAAGUUUCAAUAUUACAGUCACCACGAUUGCCUUUAUGUUUGCAACAAACAAUGUUGGUGGUACUUUAAGCAGGAAUAUGGAGAGUCCCCAUGGCUGUGUUCAUGCAGUCAUUGCAUCUGGGUCAAAUACGUACAGUAAUUGUUUUCGAUUAAAUUACUUUUCUGCACUCAAUUGAUUUUGUCUGGUGUAUUGGAAUUCCUGAAAUACUCAAAAAGUGCAAACCCCACCUUCUGGUCCUCUUGGUUGGCUCGGUUGCACCAGGCAAGAUCAAUCGGGCACAGAAAAGUAUUUGAAUCCAGCACAAUUAUGUACUUGACCCAGGUCUGACAGUCAUUGCAUGAAUUUUCACUUUUCUACUGGUUUUUUGUUUCAAUUUGCAACUUAUACCUUACAUUGAUUUUCUGGCUUUUUUAAAUAUAAUUUUAAUAUGUCUGUUUUUGCGCUUAUCUUUCUUUUUUCUUUUUUUUUGGUAAGUGUAAAGUAUUUGUUUUAAAUUGUCUAUUUUGAAAGGGUUGAAAACACCACUGUAAAAAGGAAAGGAUGGAGGUGUGUGGAGUAAAAUGAACACAAAAGGCA